AUGUCGGACUAUCUCCCUCAGGAAGUCAUAACCAAUAUAUUACUUAGACUACCCAUUAAAUCCUUGGUCAUAUGCACCUCAGUCUGCAAGUCAUGGAUGUCCAUGAUUAAAGACUCGAGCUUUAUUGGCGCCCACCUCAGCCGCACUAUCGACUUUAACAACCACCAUGGGACUCACCUCCUACUGCUCCACAGGUUUUCUAGUAAAAAUUGUGGCAUCAGGGGCCGCAACAGUUCAGUCCCCGGGGUAAAAGAGGACGUUUACUCUUUGCAUUAUGAUAACAGUGGUUUUGAUGAUUGUUGUGAGAUAGGAUUUCAAUCUCCAAUUGCUGAUGGGGACAUGUAUAACGAGUCUUUCCGCGUGGUUGGUAUUUGUAACGGGCUGGUAUGCCUUGCAGAUGAUUUAAACCAUUAUGGUUACAACUUCUUGAUAUGGAACCCCUCUAUAAGAAAGUUAGUAACCCUUCCCAAGCCUGGCCUUAGAUUUGAUACUGUUGGUGGGUAUGAUGCUUAUCAUGGGUUCGCAUUUGAUGCUAUGACCAAUGACUAUAAGGUCGUGAGGCUUGUUCAGUAUGAAUAUGGAUGUAAUAAUGAAAAAAAUGAGUAUCAAACUUCUGUAGAGGUUUAUUCACUAGCUGCAGGCACAUGGAGUAAUCCUAGGCUUGUAGAUCCCCAAUUUAUGUUAUUUGGACUACAGUCACCCCAGGCUUUUGUUAAUGGAGCUCUUCAUUGGGUUGCACGUGGUUUUAGAAGUAGCUUAUUUUGCAAUAUUAUUUUGGCAUUUGAUGUGGGCAGUGAGUUAUUCCGGGAGAUAAUGAUGCCAAAGAGUUUGGAUCGGGAUUCAUUAAGGGCCGGAAACUUGAAAUUGCGAUUGUCUGUUUCAGGAGAUGGAAAAUCCCUUGCUAUGUCCAUGAGGUACAAAAGUUAUACUAAUACCUCUUUUCUGGAUGUAUGGGUAAUGAAAGAGUAUUGUUUGGAGGAGUCGUGGACCAAAUUGAUAACUCUCCAUCCACAAGGUCCACAAAGAAGUUUACCUAGUGCUUUAUGUUUUAGGAAGAGUGGUGAAAUAGUGAUGGUACAUGAUCAUCGUUAUGGAGGUGAAGAAGUUAAAAAUGAAUUAGUUUCACUAGACCUUGUGAGCAGACAAUUCAAGAAUCUUGGGAGUCGUCGAUAUCAACAUUACACCAUUGAUCCUUAUGAAGAAAGCCUCGUCUUACUUGACAGGAAUGAAGCAGUUUCUUGUUGAGGAAUAGAAGAGAUUCGUAGUGCCAGUACCGAUCAACAACCUAUCUUUUCCCUGAAGUGUUAUUGUACUUUGUUUGGAUGCAGUGUUUUCUUCUGUUAUUUGUAAACUUGCACUUUUGGAUAUGAAUUUACAGAUCGGAUUUAUGUUUCUACUAUGUUUGUUAUGCUAACCGAGUAUAGGCUAGUGAUUAACUCGACUGCAAUUUGGCUCCAGGACUUCUGUAGUUGGAUAGUUGAUUGCACACAUCUGUAUGUUGUUGUAAACAAUGUUAUAAUCCGUUCAUCUGUCCUUGAGAAUACUGCAUACAAG